AUGAGUGACCCCACAUGUAAUGAAAGUAGGCUAUUACAACAUCUGAAUAACAGUGAAGAGAACGUCCAAGCUGGUCAAGAUGAAGACGAUUUCACAUCAUUUCCUACGUUGCCUGACCCUGAACAGGAUCACUCGAAGACAUUAACAAAUAUUUUUUCGAAAACAUUAAGAAAGGUAACCAAUAAUGCAAGCACUUUUGUCCAUAACUAUUCUUCACCUCAGUCUAAUAACAUAAGUUCCAACAGCCAAAGUAGCAGUCCCAUAAAGCCGCCGACAUUGACGACGAUGGCCGUUGUGGAUCCUACGCUGGACUCUGACAGAGCCGUAUCGUCUGUGUGCUAUGAGCCAUCGGUUAAUGAAGUUCUUCAUAAUAAUGUCACUGAAAGCACACCUCCUCCAAACACAGGAUAUUCAAAAGUGGAUAAAGGACUCAUUGCUAACGAUGAUCAAAAUGAGCUGGCAGCUCCAGAAGUUGCUGCUUUGCAGAGCGUCUCUAUGCCGCUGACUUCAGUUGAACAAGCGGUAGUUCAUUCGACACCCGACUUCAAGAGCUUGAGAUUGCCCAAACUGCUGGGCUCUAAGCUACAGCCGCCUUUGUUGAAUACAAGUGCGACGAACUCCGUCAUCAAUGUCAAUGCUGUAGCAAGCACUGAUUGGGAAGCUUCGUCGAUAGAGCAUCAAUUUUCAAAGCUACAUGCUCCUCUUACGGACUCGAGCACUAACACUAAAGAAAAGCAUGAGACGAUUCUGAGUGAGCUAUCAAAAAUAUUCAAUAAUUUACCUAAUGAUAUUGAACUCUCGGAAGAUUCUGCUUCAGACACGGAUACAAUUAAUGUGAGCACCAUUUCUUCACCUAAAACGUCUUCUCAUAUGUUGAACAGUGACAUCUAUAACGAUGGUUUUGAAGUCCCUUCUCCAGUAAAAGCAGAAGGGCCACGCAAAAAUGAUGUUAAAGGAGGAUAUCCUUCGUCUUUAUCGACAUUUCACGCAAUCAAUAAAGGAAAUCAUAGUUUGAGAAAGAAGCAAUCUUCAAAUUUAUCAUCUAUUUUCCUUGAUAAUGCAAAGCAUAUCAUAAACCAUAACAUAACUGGUCCUGUGGUGUCUUCAGCCUCUUCAAUCGUUCCUAGUAAGAGACUGAAAAAGAAAAAGAAAGCGAAGAAGCCAAAAAGGUCCUCUGAAAAUCCUUUAAAAAAUGGUGGAAUACCAAGAAAAUAUUGGAUGAAUGAUUCUUUUGUUUCAGAUUGUCUAAAUUGUUUUAAACCAUUCACAGCUUUCAGAAGAAAACACCACUGCCGAUUCUGUGGCCAGAUUUUUUGCUCAGAUUGCACAUUGUUUAUUUCCUACAAACAGCAUAAGGAAGAACGGAAAGGCUAUAACAAAAAUAAGAAAAAAACCUACAAUGAUAAAUUGAGAGUAUGUCGUCCUUGUUACAGUGACGUUAUAGUCUAUUUAAGUGAUGACUCGUCUAGCACUUCUUCAAGUGACUCAGAUACUGAAAGCAGCGAGACAAACAAGACUCAAAACGAUGACAGUUUCAACUCUUCAAACCAACUUUCGAGAAUAAAUUCGAGAUCUAACAAUUCGAGAAGAGCCAGCUUUAUUAGCAACUCAAAUGUGUUCUCUAGUAGAAACAUACUUGAAGAUGACACGGUUAACUCUUUUGAUCGCUCACCUUCUUAUCACAUAUAUCCUCGAAGUAGCUCGUCGCCUCUGAGUGAUUUGAAUACUUCGAAGCAGUCUUUGUCAAAAUUUUCUAAUGCAGAAAAUGCAAGGACAAAUUCUAAGCAUGCGCCCCAAAUGGCGAUUCCAACUACUAGGACUGGAGAAGCAGUUGAAAUUCCACUAUCUAAGUAUGCACUGCCAGGUGCUUAUCAUACCUCUAAUAUUAAUUCAUCAGUCACUCCUUCUCUGGUGGGUGAGGUUGGUCAUCAGUGGUUUAAAAAUUAUUCUCAUUUGAGGGUUGGAAAUCAACCUGAUCUGCAGAAAACUGGUAGUUUUGAUCAAGUUUAUAACAACAUUUUGAGUAAAAAGAUAGGGAAAUAUAGGAUCCUGUCAAACACUGAUAAAAAUCUAAAGAAAGAGAGAUCCAAGCGGGGGGAUUUCUUUACUACCGUUAAUGCUAAGCAAGAUGAAUAUGACAUAAAUGGUGAUGAUGCAGAGAGUGAAAAUGAAGACGAGCAAGUAAUGUCUCUCUAUACUUCUUUAAACCACUUGGGCUAUGAUAAUCAUAGACCUACCUCUGCAUUAUCCCCAAGUGCAGCAGUAUCGAAUAGUUCAAUGGUAGUCCCAACUUUGGGUGACUUUCCUACGAUCAUGGCUAAUGAAAGACUACUCCCUAGAUCUUUGAGCUCUUCAAUGAAUACACCACCUACUCACUCAAAAUUUUUUCACAAUAAUAGUCCAAAAAAUGCAAUUAUAGAUAACGAUGAUAGCAAACAGGUCAUGAAACCUUCAAAUGUCACAUUUUUAGAAGAAUUGCCCAAUUCUGAUCGCUUAAGGUCUCAGGAAAGAGCGCAUGCGUCUCUUCUAAGAAUGAAAUCUAGAAGGAAAAGUAAAUCUACCAGGAACAUUCUGAUCUUGACCCAGAAUAAUAAUAGACUUCCUAGCUUUGAAAGCAGUAACCUCCACAACUUUCCUCUGUCCGUGUCAACCCCAACAUCGCCAACGCCAAACCAAGCGUUACAGAGUAGCCAAACAUACUUUAAUGGGUCGCCGAGCCUGCAUUCUAAAAGCCUGAACAUAAAAGACACAUCAACUGGCAAUUUGGAGCCCGAAGCUAACAAAAGGCAAGACUCAGUGGUAGAGAGUAUAUACGAGCACUCUUCGCGUCCUUCCUUCAAUUUAACUUUGGAAGAACUACGUCCUGGUGAUAUGGCUCUGGCCGUCGCUCUGAAAGAUGAAAGAAAAUUAGCAUAUGAUGAUAAUGAAAAUUCUGAGCUCAAUCUUAUUUAUAAAGAUUAUUUGGAUUCAAUUCUAAUGCAAUGCUUGGUUGAUUGUGAUGUCAAAGGAAGCCAGGAACGAUGGGUAGCCGUAUUAGAGAAAGUACUAUCAAAUGUGAGUCUUGUGAAAGUGACUGAUACGCUUGAUAUUAAACAAUAUAUAAAAAUCAAAAAGAUUUUAGGUGGGACAAUUGAAGAUACUGGUAUUAUAGAUGGCUUGUUUAUGACUAAAAAUAUUGAUUCAAAGAGCAUGGCAUCAUCUAUUGAUAAUCCUAAAAUUGCUUUAUUAAUGUUUCCAAUAGAAUAUUUGAAGCAAAAAGAGCUGUUUAUAAGCUUGAGGAUUAUUCAUGCUCAGCAAUCUGUUUAUAUCUCGAAUUUGGUUUCGCGUUUAAUUUCUUUGAAACCUGAUAUUAUAGUUGUCGGAGACUCUGUUUGUGGCCUAGCAGAACAGCUAUUAGAAGACGCAAAUAUCACAGUUAUAUCUAACGUAAAACCUCAGGUAAUUGAAAGGAUUUCAAGAUAUACAAAGGCAGACAUCUUCCAGUCUAUUAAUGAUUUGUUUUUCAAAAAAGGUUCGUUAGGGUCAUGCAAAAAUUUUGAAAUAAGGAAGUACUGUUUUCAUAAUUAUGUUAAAUCAUUUGCCUUCUUUACCGGAGUGGAGAUCGAAGCAGGUUUUACUAUCUCACUAAGAGGAGGAGAUGAAGAUCUUCUUAACAAUAUAAAAUAUGCUGUAGAAACUUUGAUUGUGGGUUGGCUCAAUUCAAAAUUUGAGCAGAGUUUUUUUAAAAAUCUGUGCUUGAGCUUUUCGAUUAGCAAUCGGGCUUUUGAAGGAUUCAAAAUGAAAGAAAGGGUAGAUAGAAUAAGUUGCGAAACGCAGGGAGAUGUUUCGCUUGAUAAAGCGGAGGUUGUGCAAUAUAUUGAUUUAUUUUGUGAAAGAAAAAUUAGUUUAUCUCCUGCAGUGAGGUUCCCUAUUCCAUCUACGUUAUCUAAGGUAAUUGAUUCGUAUGAGAAGUAUACUGGCUUUAAAAAAACUGAUGUUGAAAUUCAAGCUGCCAGUGAUAACAGUGAGGUGAAGGAAACAUGGAUAACCCUUUUGAAAAUUGAUUUAAAGUUUGAGCUUCUUCCUGAUGGGAAAUCUGAUCUCCUAAAUAUUGUGAAAUUUGUGAGUGCUUCUCAGCUGAGGUUGCUACUCAAUGAAUACCUCUUAAAAGCCAGAGCAUGGUCGAACUGUAUGAAACUUUCGACUUACCAGCUUUAUCCUGUUUUUCACAAGAGCAUCCAUCUAUUAUAUUCGAUGGUUUCUAUUAAGUUUGCGACACCAUGUUUAGGUCCUAGUACAAUUGCUAUCGAUUACUAUUCUGACAAUGAUAAAUGCCUAGGUAUCUUCUUAGAUCAAAGUUUCCAAGAUUCAACCAAUACUUGUGACGAGUGCGGUGAUCUACUUUUAAAUCACUAUAAGAGUUAUGCCCAUGGCAACGGCAAAUUAGAUUUUAUACUUGAAAAGUAUGAUAACGUUAUACACCAUUACGAAGGAAAGAACAGACGAGUUAUGUGGAGUUAUUGCAGAGAGUGCAACCAAUCAACUCCUAUCGUUCCAAUGAAUGAUGAUACUUAUUAUUUAUCCGUUGGUAAAUUUUUUGAAUUAGCUUUCUGGGGAAGCAACGUGGCUGUUACAGAAAAGGUUUGUGAACACGAUUAUUUCAAGUCUUAUAUCAAGUGUUUUGGUUACAUGAAUCUUGUAAUAAGAGUCGAAUUUUCCGAGAUAGAUAGCUACGAGGUGGUUGUUCCAAAGAAACAAAUUCAGUUCAUGCCAGAGAUUGAUAUAAAGCUUAAAGUGGAAAGCUGGGCCCAAAUCAAGAAGAAAAGUGAGAAUUUUUUCCAAAGUAUUUAUAAAAGAUUAAAUCGUGUGAAAGUUGAUACAUAUGAAAAAGCUGAGGAUGGUCUUCAUAAAAUAGAAGAACUCAAACAAAAAGCUGCGGAGCAGGCAAAGUCAAUAGAAUCUAAAACAUUGGAUUUAUAUUAUUCGACUUCUCCAACAGAUCGUAUCAGCUUGAAUUCCAUAUUAAGAGACUUACAAAAGCUAGGUGUGGAGUGGGACAAUGAAUUUAAUGAAUUUGAAGAGCUGUUUUUGCCAAGCGAAAACGAAAUCACCAAAAUUACUCAAUUUCAUCUUAAAAAUUUUUUAAUGGAUAGGUAUAAUAAUGAUGGACUGAAAGAAGGUGAUUUUGAUAGUGGAUCUAAAUCUGUAGAGAGAUCCAUAUCUGAACAAAAAAAAGUAAGCGAAGAAAAGGGUGAACAACCAGAUGAAGGCGCUAAAACAUUACCGAAUUCUGAAAAUAAAAAUUCUGAAAAGGAUACUGAAUUUUCUAGCCCAAUCAAUAAAGAAAAGUCAAAUGAAAUUGGAAAGAUGAUUCCAUCUUCCCUAUAUCAAAAGUCAAAUCUUCUUGAUAGGAUCAAUAAAAUGGAACAACUUUUGCUGCAGGAGCAAUCAGGAAGCUCGAAAGAAGACUUGAAGAAAAAUGCAAAGCCGAAAAAGCAGGUAGCACGCAAAGGCUCUGAGGCUUCUUUGAAUCAAUCUAAUAAGGUAACGCAAUUGGCUAACUUCUUCAAUCAAAUGAAUUUUGACCAAAUAUCUAUGGAGUUCAAAAAGCAAAGAGAAAAGGAAUUGCAAAAAAAAUUACAUAAAUUCAAAGCCCUUCCAAUUCUGGAAUCUAAGCCAAUUGUGGAAAUCUACAAUAAAAUUGAAGAUGUAGUGGAUGUAAAUGAUGAGGAAAAAAAUACUAAGAAAUUGUUGGAAACAAAAGUACCAAGUCUGGACCAUUUCGGGAAUCCAGGUGAUUCCAGAGAUCGAAUCCCGACCCCUAAAACUGUUAAGGAUAGUGAAAGAAUGGGAGAGACAUCCAGAGAUAAAAGCUUUGAUAGAAGCGAUGAAAAGGGUCCCGAUUUGACAAGAGAAUCUAAGGACAAAAACCUCGAAAUCCCCCAGCCUGAAAGACAAUCUCUCUUGAAAUCAUUGACAAACUUCUGGGCAGAUAGGUCUGCUACAUUGUGGGAUCCAUUAGAUUAUCCCCUUGAUUCUUCGGAGCAUACGUUCGCAGAUUCUGAUGUUAUUGUUCGAGAAGAUGAGCCGACUUCGUUGGUUGCAUUAUGUUUAUCAUCGAAUGAUUAUAAGCAAAAGAUAAAGAAAAUGGAGGAGGACGGUUCCGUGGAAGACGAAAAAUUUGAAGUAAACGACUCCAACAACACCAAAAUUAAACAAUUCAUCAAAAUAGAGAAGAAAUUUAAAAAGAAUUCAAAUAAGAAAGGUUUGAACGACAUGGAAAAAGUUAUGAUCAAAAAUAAAUCCAAUCAUUUAAAAUAUCAAUUCGUUGAUGGGAAUAUGCAACUUUCAUGUAAAAUCUUUUAUUCCGAACAUUUUGAAGCAUUCAGAACUUCGUGUGGUAACAACGAGAGUUUCAUACAAAGUUUAUCAAGAUGUAUUAAGUGGAAUUCAAGCGGAGGUAAGAGUGGUUCUAACUUUUUGAAGACUCUAGACAAUCGAUAUAUAGUCAAGGAAUUGUCGAAGUCGGAGCUUGAAUCUUUUGUUUCAAUUGCGCCGUUUUACUUUAAGUAUAUUUCACAGUCGAUGUUCAACACCCUCACCACUGCAAUUGCUAAAAUAUUUGGGUUCUACCAGGUCGAAAUUAAAAAUUCGGUCAAUGGAAAAACAUUCAAGAUGGAUUUCUUGAUCAUGGAGAAUCUCUUUUACGGCCACAAUACCACUAGAAUCUUUGAUCUCAAGGGUUCUAUGCGGAAUCGUCACGUUAAACAAACAGGUAAGGAGAAUGAGGUUCUUCUAGAUGAAAAUAUGAUUGAAUACAUAUAUGAGUCGCCUGUCUUCGUACAGGAGCACCUGAAAAGACUUCUACGAGGGUCACUCUUUAACGACACCAGUUUCUUAUCUGCCAUGGAGGUCAUGGACUAUUCCUUAGUAAUUGGAAUCGAUGACUCUUCCAAAAAGCUCUACAUAGGAAUCAUAGACUGGUUGAGAACUUUCACAUGGGAUAAGAAAGUGGAAAACUGGGUCAAAGGAAACAACUUGAUAGGGAGAAAGGGCAAGGAUCCUACUAUUGUUACUCCAAAGCAGUACAGAAUCAGAUUCAGAGAAGCAAUGGAGAGGUAUAUUUUAGAAGUGCCUGAUAUCUGGUAUGAAGGGAAGUGA